ACGGUUUUAUCAUAGUUGACGAUGAACCAUCGGUCACCACCGCCGAAUCUUUUCUUCUGGUCACGCAACCAUUUCACUGCGUGAGGGAGACGCUCAGGUCCUUUCUGGUUCUGGUGCCGGCAGCUUCGUCGGGUUAUCUCUUUUAAAGUGAAUGUGAAAUACACUUCACUUAUGUCUUCCAUACAGGAUCCAUAUUACAUUGUAAAGGAGGAUAUCCAAGAUUUGAUUGAUAAGUUGCAGUUCACUUUUCGCCAAUGGGAAAACAUCUCUGCCAACGGUGAAGAGCACUUUCAUCUUACAAAGGAACUCCUUGAGAAUUGUGAUAGCAUUGAGUGGCAGGUAGGUGAAUUAGAGAAGACAAUUUCUGUUGUGACAAGAGACCCUGCACGGUUUGGCAUCAAUGAAGUGGAGCUUGAAAAACGAAAGAGAUGGACCAGCAUUGCGCGGACUCAGGUGGGAAACGUGAAGAAAGUAUUGUGUGGCAAAGAUGUGAAUGGCGUAAGCAUAUCAAGGAGGAAUGGAGCACACAGAGAACUGAUGAGAAUGCCAAAUUCUCAACGGCUGGAUGGAUCCCAGCAGUACAUUGCUGGAGAGAAUGAUGAUUUCAGCUCUUCAGAAUCAGAUAGACAAAUGCUUCUCAUCAAGCAACAAGAUGAAGAACUGGAUGAGAUGACUGAAAGCGUUCAAAGGAUAGGAGGCGUUGGCCUUACCAUCCGUGAAGAACUCCUAGCUCAGGAUCGGAUUAUAGAUGAAUUGGGUACGGAAACAGAUGACACAGCGAAUCACCUUGAUUUCGUUCAGAAAAGGGUGGAUACUGUGAUGAAGAAGGCUGGGAUAAAGGGGCAGUUGAUGAUGAUAUUGUUUUUGGUUCUUUCACUUAUUGUUUUAUUUGUUUUGGUUUUCUGUACCUAAUAAUGGAUAAAGGACUCUGUAAACCGAAAGGGUGGUGCCUGAUUGGUUUGA